AUGACUGAGUUGUCACAACGAAGAGGGGAAGCAUCGACAAAGCUACCAGAAACACCUCCAUACAGUUUCUCGCUGGACUCUUCAUGUUUAAACUCUCCAUCUGAACACAGCCCAGCGAGAACACCAAGUGUCACUGCGCUGACGUCAGCAAUGUCUAUUCCAGGUCAAACCUCCUCACUGAGCAUCCAUAAUGGAACCAUCGUGCGCACGGAUGAUGGCGAAGACUUCACGCGGCGAAUGAAGCUGAUCAUCGUGUGUGUUGGUCUGCCGGCUAGGGGUAAGUCCUACAUCACCAAGAAGCUCCAAAAGUAUCUGAAUUGGAUGCAGUAUGAGACUAAGAUUUUCAAUGUGGGAAAUACGAGGAGACAGUCAAAGGGAAAGCCAAGUGAUGUUCCUAUUCUAAGUGCUAAAGAGAGACACCAAUACGAGGAAUCUCAUGAUUCCAGCUUCUUUGAUCAUUCAAACGUCUCAAACUUCCAGCGGCGUGAACAGUGGGCGCGCGAGACUCUAAACCAUCUCAUUGAUUAUGUCAUGUACGGCACUGGAAAUGUGGGCAUCUUCGAUGCUACUAACACCACAAGGUCUAGAAGGUCCUGGAUUAUAGAGACCAUCAAUGCUAAGGCCCAGGGCCAGGUGAAAGUGCUGUUCCUCGAGAGUAUUUGCACAGAUCCCGAUAUACUGGAGAAGAACAUUAGGUUAAAGCUUUCAGGUCCUGAUUACAAAGAUACAGAUCCGCAGGUUGCGCUUCAGGAUUUCAGAAACAGGUUGGCUAACUACGAGCAGGUUUAUGAGACCAUUGACGACGAAGAGGAGCAGGAGAACGAACGAUUCGACAUCCAAUACGUGAAGAUUAUCAAUGCUGGAAAGAAGAUAUCCUCCUAUAACAUCAGUGGAUACCUUUCCUCGCAUACGGUGUUCUUCUUGCUAAAUUUCAAUCUUGCAGAGAGGCAAAUCUGGCUGACUCCUAGUGGUGAGUGUGAGUACAACGUGGAGAAUCGCAAAGGUGGUGAUUCUCCUCUUACGAAGAAGGGUGAAAAAUUCUCGCGGGCACUGGCCAAGUUUGUUUCAAAGAAACGUCAAGAGUUCAAACUAAAACAGUUGAAUAAGGAAUUCAUCCAGAAUUCGGACUCGAAUUUUCCGAACCAUUUGCCCUCUGCGGCUCAGACAGAUCCCGAAUUCAACCUCUGGAGCUCCAUGACACAUCGUGCGCUACAGACUGCCUCCCAUUUCCCAGCUACGCAAUAUUUGGUGAAGUCCUUUAGGAUGCUGAAUGAUCUGGGAUGCGGAAAUUUCGAGGGUACCACAGAGCGCGAGUUCAAACACAAUUAUCCUCGUGAGUACGAGAAUCAGAUGCAAAACAGACUAAGCUACCGUUUUCCUGGUCUUGGAGGUGAAUCUUAUCUCGACGUAAUCAGCCGAUUGAGGCCCAUAAUCAUCGAGCUGGAGAGAUUGAAGGACCACGUCCUCAUCAUCUCGCACAGAGUCAUCACUCGUGUCCUUCUGGGGUACUUCAUGAACCUGUCUAAGGAGAUGCUCACAGAACUGGAUGUCCAACAGGGCUACGUCUAUUGUGUGGAGCCCAAGCCUUACGGACUGGAUCUAAAAAUCUGGCAUUACGAUGACGUUUCCGAUGAUUUCUUCGAGGUUGACGAGAUCGAGUUCAUGAAACGCAAACGGAAUAGAACAGCGAGUAUUUCCAUCUCACAACGCGGUGAUGUCGUUAUCAAGCAGGACCCCCGCAAAUCACAGAGCUCUACUGGGUCGAGACCACACUUCACUAUCAACAGUGAUGACGACGGAGCCAUUGAGUCUGAUACAGAUGAAGAUGAAGAGGAAGAAUCAUCUUCGGUUGAGACAUCAGGAACUUCUUCCCCUGUUACUGCGCAAGUGCCUGGUAGAAUUCCAUCGCUCUCGCACUCUUUGUAUGUCGACGGAUUAGUUUCCCGUCUGGAGAGCGAAUUGGCUACUCCAGUGACUGAACUAGAUCAGAGAGAUGAGGAGUUUGUGCAGAAGUUGAAGGCGUUGCUUGUUGAUCAGAAACAAUCCACAACAUAG